GAGAGUCCGGCUCUGUCUGUGGAGAGGGAGGAGGCAUCCUCAGUACCAGUCGCCGAGCUCGCUCAGUCCAGGCUGGAUAGAAGCAGGAGGAGGCUGCAUGCUGCCGCCUCCGUCACCGCUGCUGCUGCUGCUGCCCCUGACUGCUUCGUAGAGGGACGCUCUCACCGCGGACACCGUCUCGGAUUGUUCUCCUUCUUGCUUUUCUCAUCGCCCCGGAGCGGACCGUAACUCGAACAUGGAGCGGCUGCACGCGGCUCUGCUGGCGCUGCUGCUGGUGGCAGGACUGCAGAUCGCAGUCGAGUGCGCAGGACUUUGUAAGCCAGGCUUCUCUGAAGACGUAUACAAGGUUGCAGUGCCAAGCAGCGCAGAGGAAGGACAGUCGCUCUUUGAUGUGAGGUUUGUCGACUGCGGCCGUGGUAUUCCGGUGAGAUUGGAAUGCAGCAACCCGUCGGACUUCCGGAUAGAGGCAGAUGGAGUGGUGUACGCUGCCAGGAGUCUUCAGCUCUCCGGCGUCCUCGCGUCGCCUUUGCUAAUCAAGGCCAACGCCGACGCCACACAGCAGCAAUGGAUCACCCAAGUCAAACUCACCCCGACCGGCGCCACCGACCAGCAGGUCAAGGAAGCGGCUCUGACUCCGCUGGUGUCCAAAGGUUUGAAGGAAAUAGUCUUUCCAUCACGGAACACGGACAGCACACUGAGCCGCAAGAAGAGAGACUGGGUCAUCCCCCCAAUCAAUGUCCCAGAGAACUCGCGCGGCCCAUUCCCGCAAGAGCUUGUCCGGAUUCGAUCGGACCACGACAAAAACCGCUCCCUCAGGUACAGCGUGACCGGGCCUGGUGCCGACCAGCCUCCCACUGGCAUCUUCAUUAUCGACCAGAUCUCCGGAGAGCUCUCCGUCAAUAAGCCACUGGAUCGAGAGCACAUCCCCAACUUCCACCUGAGAGCCCACGCAGUCGACCUCAACGGCAACCAGGUGGAAAACCCUAUUGACAUUGUCAUCAACGUGAUCGACAUGAACGACAACAGGCCCGAGUUCACGCAUCAGAUCUGGAACGGCACCGUCCCAGAGGGCUCCAAACCAGGAACUUUCGUGAUGACGGUAACGUCUGUUGACAAAGACGACCCCAAAACGGCUAAUGGGAUGCUGCGCUACAAGAUCCUAUCUCAGAAUCCGGAAAGCCCGACCUCAAACAUGUUUACUAUCAACAACAAAACAGGCGGCAUCAUCACGGUGGCGGCGGGCCUGGACCGAGAGAAAGUGCCUCAGUACACACUGAUCAUCCAGGCCACCGACAUGGAGGGGAACUCCAUGUACGGCCUCUCCAACACUGCUACUGCCGUCAUCAGAGUCACCGACGUGAAUGACAAUCCACCCGAGUUCACCUCAGACUCGUUUUUCGGCGAGGUGCCUGAGAACCGCGUGAAUGUCAUCGUGGCGAACCUGACUGUGACUGACAAGGACCAGCCCAACACGCACGCCUGGAACGCUGUGUACAAAAUCACCGGGGGCGACCCCAACGGCAGGUUCUCCGUGCCCACUGAUCCAACCACUAAUGAGGGCCUGGUCACCGUCGUGAAGCCCAUCGACUAUGAAAUGAGCCGAACGUACGUCCUGACGGUGGAGGCGAGGAACGAGGUUCCACUUGCCCGCGGCAUCCACUCCCCGCGUCAGUCCACGGCCACCGUCUCCAUCCGAGUCAUCGACGUCAAUGAGAGUCCCUACUUCGAGCCCAGCCCCAAACUCAUCAAGCUGGAAGAGGGAAUGCAGCCGGAGUCCAUGCUGACCACUUACACCGCUCAGGAUCCCGAUCGCUACAUGCAGCAGACCAUCAGGUAUUCCAAGCUGUCCGACCCAGCCGGCUGGCUGAGGAUUGACCCCAACACCGGCCGGAUCACCACCAUUGCCACCCUGGACAGAGAGUCGACAUUCGUGAGGAACAGCCUGUACAACGCAACCUUCCUGGCGACUGAUAACGGUAACCCUCCAGCCAGCGGCACAGGAACGCUGCAGAUCUAUCUGCUGGAUAUCAACGACAACCCUCCCAGGGUGUCGCCUCAGGAGACGGAGAUUUGCGAGAAGGCGGACCCCAACACCAUCAACAUCACCGCGGUGGACGGGGACCUGAACCCCAACGCGGGCCCGUUUGCCUUUGAGCUUGCCAAGCGGCCCGCGGACGUGAGGAGAAACUGGACCAUCACAAGAAUCAGCGGCGACUACGCUCAGUUGAGCUUGAAGAUCGGCUACCUUGAGAGCGGCAUCUAUACCAUUCCCAUCAUCAUCACCGACUCUGGCAACCUGCCCAUGUCCAACACCUCCUACCUGCGCAUCAAGGUGUGCCAGUGCGACAUCAACGGCGACUGCACCGACCAGCAGCACAUCAUGGCCGCCAGCUUGGGAACAGGCGCCAUCAUCUCCAUCCUCUUGUGCGUCAUCAUCCUCCUCAUUCUGGUGCUGAUGUUCGUGGUGUGGAUGAAGAGGCGCGAUAAAGAGCGCCAGGCGAAGCAGCUCCUCAUCGAUCCCGAGGACGACGUGAGAGACAACAUUCUCAAGUACGAUGAGGAAGGCGGCGGAGAGGAGGAUCAGGAUUACGACCUGAGUCAGCUCCAGCAGCCGGACACGUUAGAGCCUGAUGCCAUCAAGCCGGUGGGGAUCCGGCGUCUAGACGAGAGACCCCUCCACCCCGAACCUCAGUAUCCCAUGAGGUCAGCAGCACCCCACCCUGGAGACAUCGGAGACUUCAUCAACGAGGGACUGAAGGCGGCAGACAACGACCCCACCGCUCCCCCCUACGACUCCCUGCUAGUGUUCGACUACGAGGGCAGCGGCUCCACCGCCGGCUCCCUCAGCUCCCUCAACUCCUCCAGCAGCGGGGGCGACCAGGACUACGAUUACCUCAACGACUGGGGCCCUCGCUUCAGAAAACUGGCGGACAUGUACGGCGGAAGCGAUGACUAAGACACACACUCGCCCGAAGGGAAGCCUUUCCCGCGAGAGGACAUGGACUGCAGAGGAAGAGAGACAGAACUGUGACAGAAAAGAAAAUACAGAUUUGAUUCAAAUUUUUUUUUUCCCUGAAAAUCUAGGCUUAUUGUUGUAGUCUUCGCUUACAUAUGCUUGUUGAAAGCUUAGGCAUCGACUCCUGAAGUGGAGCGGAGGACACCCGGUGGACUGUCACACCGCUGGACUGUUGGUAAUGAAUGCGCUCAGUUACACUUGAAUUUCACAGUACAGAAGCACUGGGAUAUAAUGUGCCUUUUUGUACAUUUUUUUGGAUCUAAAUGAUUAGUUUUAUGUUCAAGGCUUUAACGGUACUGACUUUUUUUUGGAGUGAUUUCAGACAUGUUACACUCUGGUAUGCUUCUACGCGCUUUUCUUUUUCCUCGUUUGGUU